GGUCAACAGCAGCGGAAUAGAGGUACAUUGACGUACGUUAUCGUUCUCACUCAGGUCGGCGCCAGUCAUCAUGGUCACCGAAUUGUUCAGUAAUUCACUCAGACACUGUCAGCGCUUUUGGGUUGCAUCUGGUGACUUUUGGCAGUCAAACUGGGUUUGGGCCCUGGACACUUUUGGUAGCCAGGAUGAUGAAACUACUUAUAUCUAUGGUUUGACCUUUGUGACCAUGGCCAUAUACUGGGGUCUUGGAUUCGGAUAUAUUCUCAUGGAUUUGAGCAAAUGGCCAAAGUUUUUACAAAAAUAUAAAAUUCGGCCAGGCACCAACGAGCCCUUUGAUGUCUCCAAAUUCAUUCGAGGUGUGCUGCAAAGCUUAUUCAACCAAAUUGUAGUUGGCAUCCCAGUUGCUUACUUUGCCUACAAACUGAUGCUAUGGCGGGGGAUGCCGCCGAUCCGCGUGCUACCCACCUUCCAGAGGCUGCUCUUUGAUCUGCUGGCCUUCGUCCUGACUGCAGAGUUUAAUUUUUACUACAGUCAUAGGAUGCUGCACCACAAGUCUGUCUACAAAUAUUUCCACAAGAAGCACCACGAGUGGACGUAUCCGGUGUCUGUGAUGGCUAUCUGCUGUCACCCUGUGGAGCACUGCUUUUUAAACAUGUUCACCGUUCUCUUGGGGCCCUUCCUGCUGGGCUCGCACAUGGCCACCAGCCUCGCCUUUUUGGUCAUGGCCAUGCUCCUCAUUCUGCACGACCACAGCGGUUUCCACUUGCCGUUCGCCUACUCUUCGCAGUUCCACAUUUUCCACCACCUCAGAAUAAACCAAUGCUUCGGCGUCAUCGGUCUUUUGGAUUGGCUGCAUGGUACAGACAUCAUUUUCAGGAGAUCCACGGCCUUCAAACGCCAUGUGGUACUCACCGGUAUCACAUCCACCAGGGAACUGUACCCGGAUUAAGGAUUUAAAAGAAAAGAGUUCUUGUUGAUUUCAAAAGCAUUUCAUAGAAUACGAAUUAAAAAAAUGAAUGAAAUAGGCUAUAUAACAUUGCUUCUGUGCUACUCAAAAUAAAAUCAGGAACUCAAUCAGCCCCAACAUAUUAUGGCCUCGCACAGCUCAAGAAAUUGGAGAACAAAAUUUUAAAUUAAAUAUAUAGGAUGUAAAUCAAUGUUUCCAAACAUUUAUCAGAAAUUUGGUCAGGUACCCAUUUUAUUAUUGUGUUAUAACUGACUGGAUUUAAAGCUCAAAAAGUUAUUCAAUGCUCUUUAUGCAUGUUAUAAGCUUUUUUAUCCAAGAGCGAUAACGACUUAAUUUACAUCGAACAAUGCAGUAAAACAUCUUCCAGGAGGGACAUUAGAAAUUAAUCAAUUCGAGUUUUGACAAAUCACGUCUUCGCCUUCACAAACUGCGCAGCUGAGCAGACCUGUAAUGCGAGUUGCAUACUUAGAUCAAUCACUAACGUACCUACGCCAAAAUUCAACCAGGGUAAGAGCCAGAAUAGCUGAAAUUAUAAAAUAAUUGCAAAGCUGGAAAAAAGUUAAUAUUUCAUCACAUUCAGGAAAAUUCAACGAAACUAAAAAUAUGUGCAUUUAAAGUCCAUUUGUGUCUAGAAACUCAUACCACAACAAAAAAUAUUUAUGAUCUCUUGUCUAUUCCAUAUUGAUUGAU